AUGUCGAUAGUCAACGUCGACUUGCUCGCCUUGGCGACGAACCCUCUGUAUUUCUCAACACUCUCUGUCACGAAUAUCAGCACUCCGGCUAUUUCACUGCUUUCGUACGACAACUCUUGGAGUCAAUCUGUUUUGUAUACGAAUGCCACGGCGAGACUGCUAGUAGAUCUUCCCUACCAGGCUUUCCAUGAGGGAGGAGUCUACGAUGCAGCCACUCACGCUUUGUACGUGUCAUCAAAUUACCAGUCGCUACAAGAUCCUAUCAACAUGACGAUUAUAUAUCUCAACCGAGACUGGAGUGUCAAUAACAUUACGGCGUCUCAAUUUCCCAACCUUCAAGAAGCUAAUGGUGGUACUACAUUUUACCCUGUGGGAGCUAAUAUCUCAGCUCCUCCACCGAACCAGAUCUGGUGCGAUCAGGGUGACUUCAUUCACUAUAGCGGUCUUGUGUCCGUCAACCCAGAAAGCAACAGCAGUAACGUUGUACUCAACAACUUUCUCGGUCCAAGAAACUUCUCCUCAGUCAACGACGCAAGGCAACAUCCAAUUACAGGCGACAUAUGGUUCACAGAUGCUGCUUACGGAUACUACCAGAACUUCAGACCAGCACCUACCAUCCCGCAACAAGUAUACAGAUUUGAACCGGCUACCGGUGUGUUGCAAGUAGUGGCAGACGGUUUCGUACAGCCGAAUGGACUGGAGUUUUCCUCCGACCUCAAAACGUUAUACGUAACCGAUACAGGUGCUACAGGACCCGACCUGAACCUGACACGGCCUGCCACAAUCUACGCCUACAACAUCUCUCCUAAUCAUCGUACAGUCAGCAACAGGCGAACCUUCGCCUAUGUUGACAGUGGUUUGCCCGACGGAAUUCACGCCGAUAUCAGUGGAAAUGUUUGGGCAGGCUGUGGCGAUGGUGUUCAUGUUUGGAAUCAACAAGGCGUCCUGAUAGGCAAGGUAUUUCUUGGUGAGACAAGCAACAACUUCGCGUUUGGGCCUGACUUAGGCAAUGGUCAGGGUAGCAUCGUAUGGAUCUUUAGUAAUAACCGCUUGUGGGAAGUGAGAGGUCUCAGAGUGCAAGGCAGAGAAGUCUGCAAGGACUGGUAUGGGCUUGCGAGUUGUGGUAUUCAGGGUGCAUCAGCGCCGAAGUGA